CGAGCUCUCAGAGCCUCCCGUACGUCUGCUCGACUGCCCGCCCGCCCGCCUGCCUGCCUGCCCGCCUGCCCCUGCCCCGGCCCCGGCCUCCCGGAGCGCUCCAUCCGCGCCUCGGCCCCGGCCCCGCUGCGAUCGCACCCAGAAUCCCGGGCCCGAGCGGCUGCUGCCAGACCGCGCGCCGGCCCUGCCAGAAGCGGCGCGAUGAAUGAUUUUGGAAUCAAGAACAUGGACCAGGUGGCCCCUGUGUCUAACAGUUACAGAGGGACACUCAAGCGCCAGCCAGCCUUCGACACCCUGGAUGGGUCCCUGUUUGCCAUCUUCCCCUCCCUGAACGAAAAGCAAGCGCUCCAAGAAGUGCCCACGGGCUUGGACUCCAUCUCCCAUGAUGCGGCCAACUGUGAACUGCCUCUGCUCACGCCCUGCAGCAAGGCCGUGAUGAGUCAGGCCUUGAAAGCUACCUUCAGCGGCUUCAAAAAGGAGCAGCGGCGGCUUGGCAUCCCCAAGAGCCCCUGGCUGUGGACGGAGCAACAGGUCUGCCAGUGGCUUCUCUGGGCGACCAAUGAGUUCAGCCUGGUGAACGUAAACCUCCAGAGGUUCGGCAUGAACGGCCAGGUGUUGUGUAACCUGGGCAAGGAGCGUUUUCUGGAGCUGGCCCCGGACUUUGUGGGCGACAUUCUGUGGGAGCACCUGGAACAGAUGAUCAAAGAAAACCAGGAAAAGGCAGAAGAUCAGUACGAAGAGGAGUCCCACCUCAACUCCGUUCCUCAUUGGAUCAACAGCAAUUCAUUAGGGUUUGGCGUGGAGCAGACGCCGUAUGGAAUGCAGACGCAGAACUUCCCCAAAGGUGGGCUCCUGGACAACGUGUGUCCAUCCACAGCGGCGCCCGGUGGCCUGAGUGCCGAGCAGGAGUUUCAGAUGUUCCCCAAGUCGCGGCUCAACGCUGUCGGCGUCAGCUACUGCCCCGUCAGUCAGGACUUCGCGGGCCACGGCCUGAGCCUGAUCCCCAACGGUUCCGGGAAGGCCAGAGACCCAGAUGCCCCAGAGAAUGGCGGGGACGGCAGCUUCGAGAGCUCGGACUCGCUGCUGCAGUCUUGGAACAGUCAGUCGUCACUGCUGGAGCAGAGGGUGCCUUCCUUCGAGAGCUGUGAGGACGACUGCAGCCAGGCCCUGGGCCUCGGCAAGCCAAGCAUGUCUUUCAAGGAUUACAUCCAGGAGAGGAGCGACCCGGUGGAGCAGGGCAAACCAGUCAUACCUGCGGCCGUGCUGGCCGGCUUCACAGGAAGCGGGCCCAUCCAGCUGUGGCAGUUUCUCCUGGAGCUGCUCUCUGACAAGUCCUGCCAGUCGUUCAUCAGCUGGACCGGCGAUGGAUGGGAGUUUAAGCUCGCUGACCCCGAUGAGGUGGCCCGCCGGUGGGGAAAGAGGAAAAACAAGCCCAAGAUGAACUAUGAGAAGCUGAGCCGGGGUCUGCGCUAUUACUACGACAAGAACAUCAUCCACAAGACGUCGGGGAAGCGCUACGUGUACCGCUUUGUGUGCGACCUGCAGAACCUGCUGGGCUUCACGCCCGAGGAGCUGCACGCCAUCCUGGGCGUCCAGCCGGACACGGAGGACUGAGGCCCGGGGGCGCUGCCCACGGGGUCAUCCUGACCGACUGUCCCCGGGCCCCUGCCAGGCCGAUUGAACACUCCAGGGAAGUCGCCGAGAAGCAGUGGCCUUACUUCGUCGGAAACCGCAGCUCUUCGUCCAAAGCAGCCCGGUGUGUCGCUUCCGAAGCCUGCGGACAAGGAAACGCUAUUUAUGAUGCAGUUGCGUGACCGUGGCCCCGCGGGGGCGCGCCCCGAGCGGGCUGGGCGGCCCUGCUGCUCAGGCUAGGCUGUCGGACAUUCUCCGAGGAGUGAACACGUCGUGGACACACACAUUUUUAAAUUUUCUUUGGCCUUUGGCAACCAGGAAUCACAGAAGCAAAAGCAGCCUCUGUUUCAGAGGCAGGAGGGGCCAGGAAGCAUUGUGCCAUUUCAGAAGUUGGUUUGUAUAUAUGACUGUAAUCUUCUCAUUGUUAUCAGAAUCCUCUUAACAGUUCUAUUUAACAGAAAUUGUAUAUUGUAAUUUAAAAUAAUUAUAUUACUGUAUGUGAAGUAAGAAUGCAACGUUUAUUCCAUUUUUCAAGAGCACAUACGGCAUUUUGCAUUGAAUCUGCCACAGCAGGCUAAGAGAAUUUGUAAGAUGUGUAUUCUUUACAUUUACUUUGUCUACAGGAGGAAGGUCUAAGAGGGUUAAUUGGGGCGGGGGGGUUGUUUGUUUAUUUUGUUUUGUUUUGCCCGGGUUGUAUCUGGCAAGGACUUUGUACAUUUGGGAGUUUUUAUAAGAAACUUAAUGUUAUUAUCUGGGGGCACAUCUGGCCUCUGGUUUCUCCUUUAAUUGUAAUGUAAAAGCUAUAAAGCAGUAUUUUUCUUGACAAAA